AUUUUGUGUGUAUUUGUAACUAGGGCACCAGAGCAAUAGAGGAAGCCAAAAUGAGCCGGAAAAGCAAAAGGAGUUUAAAGGAGAAAUUUGCCUUGAAGAACAGCCUGGUUAAAGAAGCCCUCUCAGAGUUCCUGGGAACUUUUAUACUGAUAGCCCUUGGCUGUGGCUGUGUGGCCCAGGCUGUGCUCAGCCGUGGAGAGCAUGGAGGGCCCAUGACGGUGUCAGUGGGCUUUGCCAUGGCAGUCACCAUAGCAGUCUACGUGUCUGGGGGCGUCUCUGGUGGUCACAUAAACCCAGCUGUUUCAUUAGCCAUGUGCGUGACUGGAAGAUUAAAAUGGACCAAAUUACCAAUUUACAUAUUAGCACAACUCCUGGGAGCAUUCGUUGGAGCAGCGGCUGUCUUUGGGAUUUAUUACAAUGCCUUUAUGGAAUACAGCGAUGGAAAACUUGAAGUCACAGGACCUAACGCGACAGCACAAAUCUUUGCAACAUACCCAGCUCCCUAUCUGUCCCUUGUAAAUGGAUUUGCAGAUCAGGUGAUGUCAACAGCUGUUCUUCUUCUGGCUAUAUUUGCUAUUUUUGACACCAAAAAUAACAGCGUCCCCAAGGGCCUGGAGCCAAUUGCAGUAGGACUGCUCAUAAUCGUUCUUACUUGCUCCUUGGGAAUGAACAGUGGCUGUGCCAUGAACCCAGCCAGGGAUCUUGGGCCAAGGCUCUUCACAGCCAUCGCAGGAUGGGGGAUGGAAGUAUUCACGGCUGGUAAUAACUGGUGGUGGGUUCCUAUAGUUGCACCUAUGCUGGGAGGUGUACUUGGAGCAAUGAUCUAUAUUAUUUUUAUCGAAAUUCAUCACUCAGAUCCUCAGUCAGGAGAAGAAAAUGACGCACAUGCUAAAUAUGAAUUGACCAAUAUGGCAUAAGAAGUGAAGAAUUUUCUCUGUCAUUUUGUUGUGCAGUUUUUAUGCAAAUAGUUGUUUGGACCACUGUAUGAAACCUGUAUGUCUCAAUUAGAAAUUCACCUUUCAAAGCAGAAACUCUGUACAGAAGUUCAAAAUUGAAGGCUUCCAUGAAACAUGGGGCUGAUCGCAAUCAAAAUCGGUAUCUUGAGUAUGGUAAGGCUAAAAUGCCCUUUUCACACGACUUUUAGAUCAGGUUAUCUCCUAGAUGCAAUUGUAGUGAGAUGAUGCACUGACCUGUUAAUUCAACUCAUAUGAUCUUAAUUAUGUUGCCUAAUUAACUAAAAAUAGUUAAGAUAUUGAUACAAGACUGCAUGCAGAGCUAGUUAAUGGGUUCAGUGCUGGACUAAUGUGCAAGAGCACCACUCACUUCUUAAGAAUGGCCUGCCUAAAGAUUUAAAACUAUAUCAAAAUUGGCUAAAUGCCAAUUGAAACAGUUUAAAAUAACUUUACUAAAUUUUAUGGAGCCACUAUUGAUCAGUAAGAAAUCAACUCCUCAGUGAGUCGGUUUAGUAACUCACAAUACGAUCACAAAAGGUAAAAACUGUUUGUUGUAAGAUCAGCACCAAAGAGACAAAGGGUAACUUCUGCACAGGGUCUUCACAACAUUAAUGCUUAGUUAUUUUUAGACUAUUUACUUGACCUUUAUGCUACCCAAUAUUAAAAGCCUUAUGUAGAAUACUAAUCUGAAUCUCUUCCGCUGUGCUUUCGGGAUACAUUUCAUUCCUGUGGAGAUGGCCCAGCAAGAGGCUGCUGCUGUGCAGAGGUCAGCACAAAGCCUAUGUCUGUAUAAGCUUUAAAGAGUCCUGCUGCUGCUGAUUUACAUAGGUGGAUUUCAUCUGCAUCGUGGGAGCAAUUUUUAAUGUGGUAGCAGUAAUUAAAAUUAGAAACUGGUCUCAGAGCUAGUCCUAGGUCUGAAUUCCCCAAGGAAGGCCAGAUCCACAUCAGAGUUCUGAUGUGUGGGUUCUCUCUCACAACAAAGAAAUGGUUGGAAAUAUAUCCCUUCCUAAAUAUCCAGCCUUGAAAAUGAAAUUAUUUCUGCUUAAUCACUGUGAAUUGAAUGUAUUCCAUGAAAGUUUCUUUCCAUUAUGUAUACAUCUAUUCAUAGUUGGUGGUGGUGAUCACAAAUAAACAGACAUCUGAUUCAGCAAUGCUCCUGAGCUACUUCCAUGGCUACAUGUCAGAGCACCAGUUCAAUUCCCUCAUUUCAGGGUGCUCUUCCCCAUGGAUUCCUGUAACUCUGCUCUCUCAAAUCCCACACAACAUGCCUGAUUUCACUCCUCAAGUGAGGAAUCCUUUGUGUUGCCACUAAUAGCACUGUGUAGUAUCCGCAGAAGAUGUUUACAAAAUACUGUGGUCAGAACCUGCCUCAGCAUUUGGGCUGAUCAGGCUUUUGUCACUGCUUGUCUUGAUCAUACCCCCUGGGAUGCCAUGCCAAAUUCAUGGCAGCAAAGGGACAGAAAUAGCAAGUGAAGCUAAGCUCUGCUUGCUGCAGGUCCAAGUCAGAUAUUGCAGUAUACUUGGGGAAUAUAAUUCCAACUUCAAUUAUGUUCUUAAGGAAACUUACAUAACUGUAAUGAACUCAGGCUGCCCAGAGACAUAUCAGCCCUUUCAAAAUGCUCAUUUCAUUCAGUGUCUCUCUGCUGUGGUUAAAUUCUGCUAUAUCCAUGCACAUUUGACUGCAUCCUUGUAUCACUGGCUGGAGAGUCUCAGGAACAAGAAGGGAGAGCUUAUAGAAACAGUUCUCAGUCUGAGCAGAGAAGAAUCAAAAGUAAAAUGUGAAAACCAGUCCUAAUUUUAGACCUUUUGUUGGCAGCAAAGACAAGCUGGACCCUCUGUUCUGCAUAUUGACAAACUGCACUACAUAAAGCAAGAUGGGGUGUAAAUGCAGUUGCAGAGAUCCUUUGUUUUACCCCAUCCCUUGCAGUGUCUCUCGCACCUUGGUGAUCAAUGGGGCAGGAGCACUCCCAGGUGGCUGCCAACCUUCUGUGUCUGGAGAGGGAUUACAGAGGUAGAAACAGUCUGAGGGCUGCCCUCAGCUCUGAAAAGCACUCUUCCACUGACACCAACAUCUAAUAUGAAAUACCUUUGCAGAAAAUAAAAACAAACAGCUAAUUAACCAGAAGUAGUCAAUUUUUAUCUAAAAUGGUAGGGGCAGGCUAUCACUUGUGUUAGAAUUUUGCAUAGUCAGUAAGCUCCCCAUGCAUCACUAUAUUGCUUCUUCAAUCCAGCACGGAAAACAUGGGAAAAAAGGAGAAUACAGGUCAGGAAUGAGAGAGGGCCAGUUUAUUUAUACAGCCUACUCAGGGACUAGCCCACACUCGCUGUACGCCUCUGCAUUGGCCAAGGUACAUAAAGUUGUUCAUUUUCUCAAAAUCCUUUUGAUCACAACAUGUUCUGUCUAUAAACCAAAAAAUCUUGUUUCUCCUACUCAUGCCAUUCCCAUGCACAGGAUUUCUGUAUGAGUGACAUUUACUUGUCUGAAGUUAUUAACAUGCAAAUCUUAAGCAGUGACACACUAGUGUGCUAGCAUAACAAUGUCUUAAAUAUGCUCUCAAAGUGUUGCCAAUUCUGCAUUUGCUUAAAGAAUUUAAAUUUUAAUUAAUCAUUCAAUAUUUUUUAAAUUCUUUGGACACAUGGUAUUAAUACAACAAUUCAUCCUGGAUUCGCAAAAGCCAGAAUUUCAUUCAGUAACAAGGUGUUACAGACCUGUGUCUGAUUGACAAUUUAAAUGUCAAGGAAUGAAUUCCUGCUUUUGGGAUAAACCUCAGCUGAAUCUUUACUACAAAACCAUGACCAGUAUUUCCAUAAUGUAAUGGGAACAAUAACAAUCAACUCAUUCCACAAACUUAUACAGACAUUAGCUGUUUUAUAAAAAAAAAAAAGUAUUUUGACUUUGCAUGAACUAUGCAAUUUCCUAAUAUCAACUGAUAUUCAGUGGUCACACUUAUGUUAAACUAAUAACAAUAACAGUUGGCAACAAGUUUUUCUAGCUGAAAGAUGUUUUGAUUAAUGAGUUAAUAGUAAUCAGUCUUGAUUUUAAUGUUGAAAUAAAUUAAUUUCAGUACAUUGCUCAACUUUCAUUUUGAGUUUAUUCUUUUUGGGAGCAAUGUGUUUGUUCUUUAGAGCUAAACUUCGUACUGGAGUAAUUUAGAAAGCUGCAAAUGGUACUGAGUUAAAAGUUGGCUACUGCAUGUUGUUUUAUUGAAGUCAGUGAAAUUAUUCACAAUGGGUGGCAAUACAGGCAAGGAUAAGUGAUCACAGAACCGAGCUCAGAGUAUGGCAGACAUUGUACUUUCUUGGAGUUUUGUCUGUGAAUCUGGAUGUUCAAAUAUUGUGGUUCAAAAUAAAUACAGUCAAUUCCUAAUAAA